AGCAGUCACAGCUGGAUAAUAAGAUGCGCAUGAACCAAAGAACUCCGUGAAUAGAGGAGAAACUUUUCAAAGGGGGGGGAGAGAACUUGGAAAUGUGACUUGCUGUCCGUUUUUGCUUGCUUUUUUCAGUGCAUAUAUUUAUUUAAUCAAUUCCUGUCGGGUUUUCCCCCGCGCUUCUCUCUCCAAAGAACGCUGAGUGACUGAAUGAACUCCCAUCUUCCGAUUUUUUUUUUUUUUUUUUUUGGCGUUCCAAUUUAAAGUUUUUCUGCACUUCUUUGCCAGGACAACAAAACCGCCCUCUUCGGAGAAGAAAAAAAAGUCAAGGUUUCCGGAGGCCGAAGCACGACGUCGGAUGACUGCGAUCUGAAAUAAGCAGCAGCGGACCACAGCGAGCGCCAUAAUAAUAAUGUUCGAGUUUAAUUAAAGCAGGGACUCGACUUAAACUCGCUCGCCUUCUGGAGGAUGUCGCAGAAACGGAGCUGCCCGUAGAGGUCACGCGCCUCUCGGUUUUCUUGGAGAAGUGAGCUGAAAGGCAGAGGAUGAAGUGGGAAUCAACAGGUGUCUGAGUCUGGGACGGAGGGGCACGCAUCUUGGUGUGUGUGUGUUCAGGCUUUAAGGGCGGCCCACUAUGCGCCUGCGUGUGAGGAGGCCGGUGCCGGUGCCGAUGCGCUAGCGUGUGUCGCUUUUGCGGGCUCGCAUCGGGCCUCUUCGUCGCAGACGUCAUUUUCACCCUUGGAUGAUCCAGCGCCAGUGUGGGCUCAUAUGAGAGCUCAAAUGCCCCAGUUCUCGUCACCGGGGUGUUAGACUGUGAACGCUGACUUUUUUUUUUUGGACUCGACUCAUCUCAGCACUUGGAAGCAGCCCAAUGUCUGCCUGCAGCAGCUCAUCUCCUCCGUCCUUGCCUAAAGCAUACAGCCAUCCUCAGCAUCCCGCCGCCCCGCCGACCCCGUCCCCCUCCCCGAGCCCUCCCGUGCCCCUCUACAGCCGCCUGUCCAACGGGAGCCUCAGCGCCCCGAGUCCCACCAACUCCAGGGGGUCUUUCCACGGCAUAUCCUUCCUGCUCCAGAUCGGAUUGACCAGGGAGACGGUCAGCCUGGAGGCGCACGACCUGUCGCUGUCCGCCGUGAAGGACCUCGUGUGCUCCAUAGUGGACCAGAAGUUCCCGGAGUGCGGCUUCUUCGGCAUGUACGACAAGAUCCUGCUCUUCCGCCACGACCUCAGCUCGGACAACAUCCUGCAGCGGCUGACGUCGGCCGAGGACAUCCACGAGGGGGACCUGAUCGAGGUCGUCCUCUCUGCUCUGGCCACCGUCGAGGACUUCCAGAUCCGGCCGCACGCUCUGUACGUGCACUCGUACAAGGCGCCCACGUUCUGCGACUACUGCGGGGAGAUGCUCUGGGGCCUCGUCCGCCAGGGGCUCAAGUGUGAAGGCUGCGGCCUGAACUACCACAAGCGCUGCGCCUUUAAGAUCCCCAACAACUGCAGCGGAGUGCGGAAGAGACGCCUGUCCAACGUGUCCCUCCCGGGACCCUCGCUGUCGGUGCCCCGUCCCACCCCUGCGGACCAUGCCGUCGUCACUCCAGAAGAGCAACGGCCCCAUCAGGAGGCGGGCAAGCGAAUUCCGUCCUGGAGCGGCCGGCCCAUCUGGAUGGAGAAGAUGGUGCUGGGCCGAGUCAAGGUGCCCCACACCUUUGCGGUCCACUCGUACACGAGGCCCACCAUCUGUCAGUACUGCAAGCGCCUGCUCAAGGGCCUCUUCCGCCAGGGCAUGCAGUGUAAAGAUUGUAAGUUUAACUGUCACAAACGGUGCGCGUCCAAAGUACCCAGGGACUGCCUAGGCGAGGUAGUGUUCAACGGAGAACCGGCGAGCCCCGGGCCGGACUCGGACACCACCAUGGAGGUGGACAGCAGCGACGUGAACAGCGACGGGGGGCGAAGCCUGGACGACGCGGAGGGGCCCUCCACGCCAGAGGAGAAGAUGUUCUUCAUGGACUCGCCGUUCCUGGACGGAGAGAAGGACGAGGAGGCGGUCAAGACCAUCAGCCCCUCAACCAGCAGCAAUAUCCCCCUGAUGCGGGUGGUCCAGUCCAUCAAACACACCAAGCGGAGGAGCUCCACCGUGGUGCGAGAGGGCUGGAUGGUGCACUACACCAGCAGGGACAACCUGAGGAAGAGACAUUACUGGCGGCUGGACAGCAAGAGCUUGACGCUAUUUCAGAACGACACGGGAGCCAAGUACUACAAGGAGAUCCCCCUUUCGGAGAUCCUGCAGGUGGAGACGGCGCGCGACUUCUCCAGCCUCGCCCAGGGCAGCAACCCGCACUGCUUCGAGAUCAUCACCGACACCAUGGUCUACUACGUCGGGGAAAACAACGGCGCUCCGUUCCACAACCCGGCCCUGGCUGCGUCCGGGGUGGGCCCCGAGGUGGCCCAGAGCUGGGAGAAGGCGAUCCGGCAGGCGCUGAUGCCCGUGACGCCGCAGCCCAGCGUGUGCACGGCCCCGGGACAGGGCAAGGACCACAAGGAGUUGUCCAUCAGCAUUUCCGUGUCCAACUGCCAGAUCCAGGAGAACGUGGAUAUCAGCUCCGUGUACCAGAUAUUUGCAGAUGAGGUUUUGGGGUCGGGGCAGUUCGGAAUUGUCUACGGAGGCAAACACAGGAAAACGGGAAGAGACGUUGCCAUCAAAGUGAUCGACAAGAUGAGGUUCCCCACCAAGCAGGAGAGCCAACUGAGGAACGAGGUGGCCAUUCUCCAGAACCUGCAUCAUCCGGGGAUCGUGAACCUGGAGUGCAUGUUCGAGACUCCAGAGAGGGUGUUUGUCGUCAUGGAGAAGCUGCACGGCGACAUGCUGGAGAUGAUCCUGUCUAGCGAGAAGAGCAAGCUGCCCGAGCGCAUCACCAAGUUCCUGGUCACGCAGAUCCUGGUGGCUUUGAGGCACUUGCAUUUCAAGAACAUUGUGCACUGUGACCUGAAGCCGGAGAACGUCCUCCUGGCAUCGGCAGAGCCUUUCCCUCAGGUGAAGCUGUGUGACUUUGGCUUUGCCCGCAUCAUCGGGGAGAAGUCGUUCCGCCGCUCGGUUGUUGGCACACCUGCCUACCUGGCUCCUGAGGUCCUGCGGAGCAAGGGUUACAACCGCUCGCUGGACAUGUGGUCCGUGGGUGUCAUCGUCUACGUCAGCCUGAGCGGAACUUUCCCCUUCAACGAGGAUGAGGACAUCAAUGACCAGAUCCAGAAUGCUGCCUUCAUGUACCCGCCAACGCCCUGGAAGGAGAUCUCUGCAGAAGCCACAGAUCUCAUCAACAACCUUCUUCAGGUGAAGAUGAGGAAACGGUACAGCGUGGACAAGUCCCUUAGCCAUCCCUGGCUGCAGGACUACCAGACAUGGCUGGACCUCAGGGAGUUUGAGACACGGAGGGGCGAGCGCUACAUCACGCACGAGAGCGAUGACGCACGCUGGGAGGCGUAUGCCGACGCGCACAACCUGGUCUACCCAAAACACUUCAUCAUGGCGCCCAACUUGGAAGACAUGGAGGAGGACCCCUAGAGGCCCGGAGGACCCUCGCUUCCUCGGCUUUGCGAAAGACCUUUGUGGGUGUCCUCUUGGCAGGAAGCGGCUGACGCGGCGGCCGACGGGCCGGAGCCGGAGAGACGCACGCGUGAAGGAGCGCGCGAGCCCAAAUCGAGCCAUGAUGUGCGCUACCACACGGGACAGACAGGUGGCGCCGUGCCAGUGACGAUACGGCCACGAUGCUGCGCCAGAUGGGAGACGUGAACGUUCAGGGCUGUUUUUCUUUUUCUUUUUUUUUAAAUAAAUCUAAACAUUUCAGGAUUCAGAGCUCCCCACCCCUCCUGAAAAUAAGUAGCUGCCUUUUUUUAUAAGCCAUGAAAAUGCAGGUAUAUGAAACACAGUAUUUUGUUUAAAAACAGCUAUUUUCUCCUUUCCCGGAGCCUUCGUGUUAAUACCGGUAAAAUUUUAGCGUAACGACUAGUUCUUACACACGGAGAAGGGCUAAAUGUUGGACCUCACAGAAGACAGAGAAAAGCACACUAUUUGUUUCCACAGCCUAUUUUUUUAAAAGUGAGACUAAAAAAUCUAAUGUUUUAAAAUCUCUGCAGUAGCACAUUAAUUCUGCUUAUAGUAUGUGUGCUAUUUUUUUAGAAAAACAUUUAAUGACUUCAUUGGAUGGUAUUAAACUGGAACACAUGCAGUAUGA